CUCACCAGUCGACGUGUGGACUUGAUCAACCUCAUAUGGCCGCUGCUAAUAUGACGGUGAUCUCAUCCUCAUCGGCGUUAUUAUCCAGACGACUGAGAUUGACCCACACGCGAACGGUCACGAUCUGCUCCAACCCAUCAAAACCAAUGGCGAAGAACGGAGAAGCCUCGAAGCGAGUCGUCGUAUGCGGCGGAGGCGUCAUCGGCGUCUGCACGGCGUAUUUCCUCGCCAAGAAAGGAAUCUCCGUCACCCUCGUCGAAAAAUCCGCCGUGGCGUGCGCCGCCUCCGGUAAAGCCGGAGGAUUUCUCGCUUUCGACUGGUGCGACGGAAGUCCGGUCGGGUCCUUAGCACGCGCGAGCUUCGACCUCCAUCGAUCCCUCGCGGAGGAGCUAAACGGCGUCGAAUCGUAUGGAUACAGACCUCUAACGACUCUCAGCGUCACCGUAACGGAAUCAAAGCCUGUGUCGGGAGGUUUGGGUUUACCGGAUUGGGUCAACGGCCCGGUUAAAAGCCCAUCUACGAUUGGCACGACGGAGACGACGGCGCAGGUGCAUCCACAGCUCUUCACGAGGAAGCUGCUGUCGACGGCGGCGGAGAAGUACGGUGUCGAGGUUGUGAUCGGGAAGUUCGAAGAGGUGAGGGUGGGGCAAGGGCGAGUUGACUCGGUCGUGCUCGAAGGUGGGCGAGUUAUCGAGGCUGACGCGGUGGUUCUCGCGAUGGGACCGUGGUCUGGUAAGUUGGAGAUGUUGUCUUCGGUGUUUAGGGUGUACGGUACGAAAGCUCAUAGCAUAGUUCUUGAACCGAAAGAGCCGAACGCUGUAACACCUCAUGCUCUUUUCUUAACUUAUCAUCCUUCCAACGGUGGUCGAGCUUUGGACCCUGAAGUGUACCCUCGUCCCACAGGUGAAGUGUACAUAUGUGGAAUGUCGUCACAAGAAGAAGUACCUGAUGAUCCAGAUCAGGUGACUAGCAAUCCUGAAUCCAUAGAGGUUCUCAAAAGAGUAGCUAAAACAGUUUCGAGCUAUCUAAAUGAAGAAAACGCUCAAGUGAAGGCAGAGCAAGCUUGUUUCUUGCCCACCACUGAAGAUGGAGUCCCUGUUAUCGGAGAGAUUCCAGGUAUCAACGGUUGUUAUGUAGCCACAGGACAUAGUUGCUGGGGGAUCCUGAAUGGUCCAGCCACUGGCUUUGCAUUAGCUGAGCUGAUUGUAGACGGUGUGGCCACUAGUGUUGAUCUUCGCCGGUUUUGUCCUUCCCGGUUUAGCAAACCAAGAUAAAUUGAAGGGUUUAGUAAACUUUUUAUGCUUAAUACCUCGUGUGUAAACGUUUAAUAUUUAAUCCAAAAGGCUUUAGAAAGAGUGAAAA